ACCACAACCACACAGUCUACAACCCCAACGACCACGCCUACUACUACAACCGAGGGGCCAACCACAACCACACAGCCUACGACCCCAACGACCACACCUACUACAACCAAAGAGCCAACCACAACUACACAGUCUACAACCCCACCGACCGCGACUACCACUACAACUGAGGGGCCAACCACAACCACGCCUACACCGACAACCAUACCAUCUGUGCCCACCUGCCCUGAAUGGGGUGUAUCUCAAAAUGAGACCUUCUUAUUGUGCAACUGCACCAUGGCCAGGUGCAUUGAAAACAACACAAUUGAAAUAAUUCCAUAUGAAUGUCCACCUAUUGAGAACAUCACUUGUGCCAAUGGAAAUCAACCAGUUCUUGUGUUUGAUGAGUACCAUUGCUGCCAACAUUAUGUUUGUGACUGUGUAUGUGAAGGCUGGGGAGAUCCUCAUUACAUCACAUUUGAUGGAUUGUACUACACUUAUCAAGGAAACUGUACUUAUGUUUUGAUGGAAGAGAUUUUCCCAAAAUACAGUUUGAAGAUUUAUAUCGACAAUGUCUUCUGUGAUCCUGUUGAACGUGUGUCUUGUCCACGGUCAAUAAUUGUAUCAUAUGGUUCGCAUGUUCUCACACUCAUAAAUCAUAAUGUUAUUGGAGCACCUAAAUUGGAGGCACUAAAAGAUGGAAAACCAGAACAACUGCCUUAUUCAGACCAAGGUGUUAAGAUCUUGAAUUCUGGCAUUAACUUGGUUUUAGAGAUCCUUCGUCUCAGAGUGGUCAUUAGAUUUGGAAUAACUGGCUUUAGCGUUACCCUUCCAUUUGAAAACUUUGGCAGUAACACACAAGGCCACUGUGGAACAUGCAAUAAUAACCAAGCUGAUGACUGCAUGUUGCCUGAAGGCCAGCUGGUGGAAAGUUGUGCAGUUAUGGCUGACUAUUGGCCCGCAAAACACAUUCACCAACCCGACUGCAAGAUACCAUCUGAACCACCCACCGAAAUACCUGAACCUCGCCCAACCUUAACUCCAUGCAAGCCAGACUCUAUAUGUGACCUGCUUAAAAGCAGUGUCUUUGAAGAGUGCCAUCCUUUUGUUGCCCCUGACAAUUUCUACCGAGGAUGUGUUUUUGAUAGCUGCCAUGUUUCCAACCCAACAGUGGAGUGCACAAGCUUGCAGACAUAUGCUGCUGCCUGUGCUCAGGCUGGGGUUUGCCUUCACUGGAGGAACCACACCACAUUGUGCGCAAGUAACUGCCCAUCAAACAAAGUCUAUAAGCCAUGUGGUCCUGCACAACCACCAACCUGUCAAGACAAUCCAAAUGAACCAACCAUGAAUGUCAAUACUGAGGGCUGCUUUUGUCCUGAUGGAAUGAAACUCUUCAACACAGAGUCUGACAUAUGUGUUAAAAAGUGUGGAUGUCUUGAUCCUGAGGGCAUUCCUCGUGAGUUUAAUGAGAGGUUUGAAUACAAAUGCCAAAGCUGCAUCUGUGAGGAGUCCACCAAGACUGUCACAUGCAAGCCUAAGGUGUGCCCAGCACCACCUAUAGUAGACUGCACAGACCCAGGGUUUGUCACUGUCAACCAAACGAAUCCAUCAGACCGCUGCUGUUCUGUCUAUGUUUGCCAAUGUCAAAGCAACACUUGCCCAGUCAACAAUAUGAACUGUCCGGUUGGAUAUAUGCCUGUUGUCAGUGUCCCUGAGGGAAAAUGCUGCCCAGAACAUACAUGUGACCCUAAGAGAGUUUGUGUCCACAAAAGUGUUGAAUAUGAGCCUGGUUCCACAGUUCCUGCGACUGCAUGCCAAGACUGUAUCUGUACCAAUGUGGUGGACCCUAAUUCUGGUUUAUUGAAAAUAACUUGUGAGUUUCAGCAAUGCCAAGAAAAGUGUGAGAUGGGAUUUGAAUAUGUGGAAGGUCAUUCAGGCGAAUGCUGUGGAAAGUGUGUACAGACAGAGUGUGUCCUCAGUGUUAAUGGUACCACGAAACUCAUGAAGCAAGGAGAAACCUGGUCACCACCUGGGAAUAAGUGUGAGUAUCACACUUGUGUUAAGACCGGUGAGGAUUUAACAUUGGUCACUUCACGCAUUGUUUGCCCACCAUUCCACCAGGACAACUGUCAACCUGAUACAAUUCAGACUGCAGCAAAUGGCUGCUGUAAAACUUGUGUGGAGAAGGAGAAGGGCUGCAAGUUAAUGUCCAUGAAAACCUUCAUUUUGCACAAUGGCUGUCAGUCCUACCAGGAAGUAGCUAUGCCAUAUUGUGAAGGAUCCUGCAACACUUUCACCAAGUACUCUGAAACAGCAGCUGCUAUGCAGCAUUCUUGCUCCUGCUGUAAGGAGACACGUUCCAGCAAUCGCACAGUUGACUUACACUGCUUGAAUGGGGACGUGGUGCCCUACGCAUACAUCCAUGUGGAGGACUGUGGCUGUGGUAACACAGACUGCACCAUAGCCCAUCGACAGCCUACUCGCAAGAGGCGAAGCUUCUCACUGGUGUAAUGAAAAAAAAUCUGUCCUCACGUUAAUGGCUGUGUGAUGCAAAUGUUCUUCUCAUAUUG